CACAGAAAGAAAAAUAAAAUUUUCACUUCGUCGACAGUUCUACUCGUAAAAUUCACGAGAAGAGUUUAAACCCGUGUGAAGUUUUAAAAACAAUAAAAGAGAAAGACAUUACAAAAAGAAAAUUCUUGUAAGAUAUCAAAAGACCAUUCAACAUCAUAUAAAAUCCGGUUUUUCGGACAAUUAACAUCUCACGCUCUUUCAACCAAAAAAUAAAACGAAACGAAACGAAAAGAGCUAAUAAUCGCGACAGACACAACCAAGUAGUUUGUUAGCUGAGAGAAGAGACGACUCAACGUGUUCGAUACAUUUAAUAAACAGAGAAUUUUGUUAAUCAGAGUUCAACUGCACUUCGACUUGUUUAUUUUCGUCGAGACUUCGUGUGGAUUGGAUAUGUCGUUAAAUCGUAUUUUGAUCAAGGCAAAAUCGAAUAUUCGUCUGCAGAUUUUGAGAAGUCGAAGAAGUUUUGGAAAUUUUUUAAAAUUUAUCAUAGCAAUCAUCUCGUUUCUCUGCUUUGUCGUUGUUGUUACUUACAAAUUUAUUCAGCAGAAUAAUCAUCCAUUGGCAAUCACAUCAAAUUAUAUUUAUAUUGAGCCAAUAAAUUCAUUCUUUCGUAAAGAUCAUAAGUUCAGAAAGAAAAUCGAUUACCACGACUACGAAUAUCUCGCGAGAGAGAAAUCAAGAUUCGGACUUCCGGGUGAAAAUGGACAGCCAGUUUAUUAUUCACCAGAGGAAGAAGAAGAGAAUAAAGUUCUCUUUGACGCUAAUGGAUAUUAUGGAUUGAUAUCUGAUAAGAUUGCUUUGAAUCGCUCAGUUGCUGAUUUUCGACUUAAACAAUGUAAAAAAAUUAAAUAUUUAGCUGAUCUUCCUAAUGUCAGUGUUGUGAUUCCAUUUUACAAUGAUCAUUUAUCAACGUUACUAAGAACUGUUUACAGUAUUGUCAAUCGAUCACCGAAGCAUCUUCUUAAAGAAGUUAUUCUAGUCAAUGAUCAAUCGACGAAAAGUUUUCUUUACAAGGAACUUGAAGAUCACAUCAACAAGCAUUUAAAGCACAUAGUUAAACUCAUUGUACUGCCACGAAGAUCCGGACUUAUUUGGGCUCGACUUGCUGGUGCACGAGCUGCAACUGGUGAUGUUUUAUUGUUCCUUGAUUCACAUACAGAAGCCAGCACAAACUUCCUUCCACCAUUACUCGAACCAAUUGCAAAAGAUUAUCGAACUUGUGUUUGUCCAUUCAUCGAUGUGAUUGACUUCAAGACAUUCGCUUAUCGACCACAAGGUGAAGGCAGUCGGGGAGUUUUUGAUUGGCGUCUUUCUUAUCAUUCCAUUCCAUUGAGACCGGGAGAUCAGGAGAACAAAUGGGAUCUCUACGAAAAUCCUGUGAUGGUCGGUGGUUUAUUUGCAAUUUCAGCAAAAUUCUUUUGGGAACUCGGCGGUUACGAUCCGGGUCUUGACAUUUGGGGUGGCGAACAAUUUGAAUUAAGCUUCAAGAUUUGGCUUUGUCAUGGAAAAAUGUACGAUGCACCAUGUUCAAGGAUUGGCCAUGUUUAUCGAGGCAGCAUGCCAUUCCCAAAUGAUCGCAAAGGAAUUGAUUUCAUUGCCAUUAAUUACAAACGUGUUGCUGAAGUUUGGAUGGAUGAAUACAAAGAAUUUCUUUACAAACGCGAUCCUGUCCGAUAUGCAAAAACUAAAACAGGGGAUAUUUCGUAUCAACUUCAUGUGAAGGAACGACAGCAAUGCAAGCCAUUCAAAUAUUUUAUGGAACAUGUUGCACCCGAUAUGCUUGACAGAUAUCCAUACGAAGAGCCACCGGAAUUUGCAUCCGGAGCUAUUCAAACAUUGGCUAAUCCCAGUCUUUGCAUUGACAAAUUGAAUCGAGCUAAAGAUCAGCCAAUUGGCUUGUACUUUUGUGGAGAAAAUCGAAAACGACCUCAAGACAAUCAACACUUUACACUGAGGUUUUAUCGUGACAUUGCGCUUCCAGACAUGCAACUCUGCUUGGAUAGUUACGGUGAGAAACGUGAGGUUAAAACUCAAGGGUGCCACAACUCUCAAGGUAAUCAAUACUUUCGUUAUGAUCUCGACACUAAGCAACUCUUCCACGGACCAAUACGAAAUAAUCAUUGCGUUGAAGCUGAUGUCAACAAUCAAUCAGUCUACGUCACCUCAUGCGAUGUCAGCAAAGUGAAUCAGAAAUGGGAAUGGGGCUUUGUUAACGAGACAAAUUGUAGAGGAAGAAGCUCGCUUUUCAAAUUAGUUAUCAACUUUGUGCUGUUAGCAAUAUGUGGAUUGUUCGUGAUAACACAACUGUUUAAACAUUCCACAUCUUUUGACAAUUCGACUUUUGAAAAGAAGACUGCCGAACACAUUGUGCAACGAAGACCAAUUGUUUUACCGUUAAUCUCAGAAGAUGAGUUUCAUUAUGUUGAGCCAUCAGAUUCGUUCUUCAAACAAAAGCAUAAUGUUAUUCAAAAGCGUGUCGAUUGGCAUAAUUGGACGUUGAUUGAAAUUGAGAAGAGUCGGAAGGGGCCUGGUGAACAGGGAAAGAAAUUUGUGUUGACAGAUCCAAAAGAUAUAAGCAGAAAUGAAGAGCUUAAUCGAGUCAAUGGAUAUUAUGCAGUUGCUAGUGACAUUAUCUCAGUUAACCGUUCAGUAGCUGACAUCAGACAUCCAUUAUGCAACAAGAAAAUUUAUUUCAAAGAACUUCCAACAACGUCUGUGAUUAUUCCAUUCUUCAAUGACCAUUUGUCAGUUUUAAUGCGAACAGUGCACAGUGUAAUUAAUCGAGCACCUGCACAUCUUUUAAAAGAAGUUAUUUUAGUCAACGACCAUUCAACGAAAACAGAACUUUAUGAAGAACUGGAGGAAUAUUUGUCGAAUAAUUUUGAAGGUAAAGCACACGUGAUUCAUCUUCCAGAACGUUCGGGUUUGAUAACAGCGAGAAUUGCUGGUGCACAGGCAGCAACAGCUGAUGUUCUGGUCUUUCUUGAUUCACACACAGAAGCAAAUACAAAUUGGUUGCCACCUCUACUUGAUCCGAUAGCGUCAGAUUAUCGAACUUGUGUCUGCCCAUUCAUUGACGUGAUUGACGCUCACGAUUAUGAAUAUCGAGCACAAGAUGAAGGCAACCGAGGUGCAUUCGAAUGGAACUUUUUAUAUAAAAGAAUUGACAUUCGACCGGGUGAUCAAGAAACGCCCGCUGACACUUUCCCUUCACCUGUCAUGGCUGGUGGACUUUUCGCGAUCUCAACAAAAUUCUUUUGGGAACUUGGCGGUUACGAUCCUGGUCUUGACAUUUGGGGUGGUGAACAAUAUGAAUUAAGCUUUAAAAUUUGGUUGUGUGGUGGACAAAUGUUGGAUGCACCAUGUUCAAGAAUUGGUCAUAUUUACAAACAUAAUCCAUUCCCGGAUCCUCGACGGGGAGUUGAUUACUUAUCAAAGAAUUUCAAAAGAGUUGCUGAAGUUUGGAUGGAUGAAUACAAAGAGUAUCUUUACCAGAGGAAACCUGAUCGAUACAAUAAAAUUGAUGUCGGUGAUAUCAGCAAACAGUUGGAAGUUAAAGAACGUUUGCAAUGCAAACCAUUCAAGUAUUUUUUGGAGGUUGUUGCUCCUGACAUGCUUGAAAAGUAUCCACCAACACAAAUUGAAUUUGCGAGUGGUGUUAUUGAAAGUGUUGCAUUUUCCGGUAAAUGUAUUGACUCGUUGGGACAUUUUUACAGGCCAAUGGGAUUAUAUUACUGUGCUCGGAAUAAAAUUCACCCUGGUGGUCAUCAACAUUACUUCUUGGGUCAUCAUCGCGAUAUUGAAUUCUACACAGACUCAGCAUAUUGCAUUGAACCGCGUGGUGACCGCCUUCAGCUUCAUGCAUGUCACCAUCAACAAGCUGCUCAAUAUUUCCGUUAUGACUUGAGCACACAACAAAUCAAAAAUGGUGUUGGUGAAAAGAAAUGUAUUGAAGCUGGUGAAAAUUCUGAAAAGAUUUCUGUCAAGCCUUGUGACCAAAAUGAAGUGCGACAAAAAUGGAAAUGGGGACGCCUUCAUUUUCAUGUCGUGGGCGAGGGCGUCGUAACAGCUAAAACAGCUCGUCAAGAGCGUACUUAUGAUAAGGAGAAUUAUAUUGAUUUUCGUAUGCGUCUUUUGGGCGAUGCCGAUUCGGGACCAACAGUUCUCUCCCCUGGAAUUCAUUCUUUUCCCUUUAAGCUAGGGUUGCCGCUUGGUCUCCCUUCAACCUUUCUGGGUCGUCAUGGCUGGAUCCAAUAUUACUGCAAAUGUGCGCUUCGCGAGCCUUCUGGUUUGAUCCAUAAAAACCAUCAAAUUUUCAUCAUCAUGAACCCUAUCGAUUUGAACAUUGAAGAACCUUCAUUAGCUGAGCCUUUCCGUUGUGAGAUUGAGCCGACUUUAGGUGGACUUGCUUGUAUCUCUUCGGGUACAGUGAAGUGUAAGAUUGAACUCGACAGGGGAGGAUAUGUGUCAGGGGAAAAUAUCGUCAUCAACGGUUACGUUAAGAACUUUAGUAAAGUCACCAUACGACAUACUAAAAUCGUUCUUCUCGAGACCAUUCAAUAUCUUUCUCGAGGGAAAAUCAUUCAAACAGAGAAACGGGAAUUGGCACAGAUGAAAUUUCCCAAAAUAAGACCUGGUAGCAGAGAUGAGUUCAUUAAUAAGAAGCUUUAUGUGCCACCCCUGCCUCCGACAAACAUUCGAAAUUCAAACAUAAUCCGAUUAAACUACGAUGUUUAUGUUGCGUCAUGUUAUGAUUCAAGCAAUAAUUCCCUUCGUCUCUAUUUUAGUUUGAUUAAUUUUCAUUUUUCUCUUUUGUCUCUUUUUGAUUUGAAGUUGGUGAUUGAACCAAAAUCGAUGGAGAAGGCGAUAAAACUUCAACUGCCGAUUGUGCUUGCAACUUAUCCAUUCCGAUCGACAAAUGAUGUCUUGACAAAUUGGCCUGACUCCGUUCUUAAGCCUGAUACGCACUAUCCAAGUUCGCUACCCGUUUUCAGACCGUCCAUUCAAUAA